AUGUGCAACAAGGAGUGGAAGGAUCUCAUGCAAUCAAGUUUCCAAACUUUUGAGCGGAUUGAAAAAAAGAUGUUUCGUAUGAAGAUCAAGUUGCCACCCAAAUCUUCCGAGUACUUGGCCGCUGUACGUUGGGCGAACCACACGGAGACGCGCACGGAGCCGCGAAGCGGGGGGCUGUACGUGGACAGCACGCCCCAAGGUGGGGGCGUGGCACUAUCGAGCAAUUCUAGGGAUGUGGAGGCCACCAAACUCGUGGACGAGCAAGUGUCAACCGAGUACAAAGAUCCACCUUUGGUUGAAGAAGAGUUCAAAGAUGUGUCGGAGUCAUUGGAGUAUGAUUGUCAUCCUAUUUGGGACGACAAUAUUGAUGAUGUUGUGGUGGAGGUCGAUGAGGUCCACAAGGAGAAGACACCCAAGUUCGAAGAGGUCCUAUGUGAUGUUGUGCCAAUGCAUGCAAAUCAUAUACUUUUGGAUUCGAGGACGAAUCAAUUUGAAGAAGAAGGGAAUGAUGGGGUUCGGUCGAAGCUCUCCGUUCAAAGUAAGAUGGAUUUAUUGAAAAUAAAUGUUGGACCGAUCAUGAGGGAAAUGGCUAGUAAAACGAAGGAAGUCUUGAGUGUUUUAUUGUUCAAUUUCAAGAGAAGACGUAAGGAAACACCGACUGAAGGCAGAUUGAUGAAUAUUCUUCAAGUUGAUGGGCCAGAUUGUUCGCAUAAAGAUUAA